AAAUUUUGAUGAUUAUGAAAUUAAUUACAAAAAGUUUUUAGGGAGAGGAGGAUUUGCAGAAGUAUAUUAAGGACUUUAAAAAAGCACUAAAAAAAAUCUCGCAAUAAAAGUAUUGAAACCAGAUAUUAGAUGGAGAAACAUAAUAAGAGAAGUUGAAAUUUUGAAAAGGUUAAAAAAAUGUUUAGAAUUAGCUCAAGGAAAAAUAUUAAACUAAGAAGUAAAGUAAUUAAGUGAAGAAGAAGGAGGAACUCCACCUUAUCGCGCUCCUGAAAUUAUACUUUCAAAUUCUUAUAAUAUGCAUAUUACUCCAUCUAUUGAUGUUUGGUCUGCUGGAAUAUGCUGA